GGCCCGCACCAGUACCGUCAAGUAUGGCAGGUCGUCUCACGCGACGGCCGCUGCGACUGCCGCCCUGAUGGCCGACAUCAAGAGGGAGGGCCUCCCCGAGGCAUUCAGCGCGAAGACCUUGGCCAGGGACCGAGAGGCCAGAGUCAUGGAGAAGACGAGUUUCGGCCCUUUGCUCUUAGAGAAGUCUUUGGGUGCAGGCGUUACCGCAUGGUUCCAGCACCCGUUCGGCUGGAUCGAGGCGGCCUGCAGGGCACCGGCUUCGUACAGGGAGAUGUUCCUCGGCCCUGUGGCAAAGCACGGUGGUUCGCUGAAUGUGUACAUCUACUGCGACGAGAUCGUGCCUGGCAACGUCUUGGACGGUAAGAACCGCCGCAAGACGCAGGCGUUCUAUUGGAGCUUUGCUGAGAUAGGCUGGCCCGAGCUCAGCAACGAACUCUGCUGGAACACCAUCGUCGCGAUGCGCAGCUCCCUCCUGCUCAGCGUGACGGGCGGCGUCUCCACGGUGAUGAAGGAGUGUUUGAAGCUCUUCUUCGGCCAGCCUGCAGGUCCAGAUCUUCGUCGAGGCGUGGCCCUGGACAUAUGUGGCCAG